GAGUAUGGAGCAUGUGAACUCUGAUAACAUCCCAGAGGAGAAGCCUUCAUUCCUGCUGCAGGUAGAAGAAGAGCUCGAGCUGCAGCUGGCUGGCAUGACUGUAGAAGACCAGCUUCAGAGGGAUCAGGGUGUGCAGACGGACCGAUGGGCCAAAGACUCGGGCGUUGACACGGACCCGGACUGGGAGAGUCAGAUAUCGGCUCUGUUUGAGUACAGCUCGACUCUGUCGGAGGAGUACGACGGUCUGAUGAAGCAGCAGGAUCAGGAGGAAGUCACUCACGAGAAACACAAACAGCAGCUGCAGAAGAGGAAGGAGGACGCCACCCGGCAGCACCAGGGUCUUUUGGACAAACUGGAGUCUCUGCGAGUUAAACUGCAGCUCAACAACUCGAAAGCGACGAGGAAAAUCUUCCUGUCCAAGAAACAGGAGAUGAUAACGGAGAAGAGCCGAGCGGAGGAGGACAGAAACAGGCUGGCGAAGGAGUCGGAGGAGAGCGACAGGAAGCUGAGGGAGCUCACGGAUCAGCAGAACGAGGAGCAGCGGGAGUGGAAGUUGGAUCUGGAGGGUCUGAGGGAGUACAUGGAGGACGCGAGGAAGGAGGCGCAGAAGUCCGAGCUGCUGGCCUCAAAGGACGAGAUCACCCUGGUGGAGAAGCAGGGGGAGGUCGCCAUGAGCCGCAUCGAGGCCUGGCUCAGAGAUGUGAAUCAGUACCUGAACACGCUCAGGGUGGAGUUCCCGCAGCAGUUUUCCCAGGAGAGGGUCAAGUGGGAGAAGAAUGAGGCGGCGGUCCGGAGGAGCCAGGUGGAGCUGCAGAGCCGCUAUCAGGAAGUCCUGCAACAGCUGCAACAGGGCCGAGAGCUGGAGACCCUCCCCAGGAUCAACGUCCCCGCCCUGCCGCCGGUGCCCAUGGCCGACCUGAGAUUCAAUCAGCUGAUGCAGUCUCUGGUUCGUCCUCAGUUCGUCCCCCCUCCGACCCAAGUGAGCCGGCCCCUCCCCCCCCAGAGACACCCUCACUACUACCCGCCCCCCAAUCACCCCCACUUCGCCCACCCCCAGUACCACCCGCGCUACCACCACCCCCCACCCCCUCACCAGUACCCACCCCCCCUCCCUCCCCAGCACCAGAUCCCCAUGCAGCAGUUCCCGCCGUUGCCCCCCCCCCAGCCUCAGUACCACAUCAGAGGUGCAGUAAGGGGUCCGAUGACUCCCCCUCCCAGCCAUUCCCCGUCUCCUCCCGUUCAGCCCAUCAACCCGUCGCCCCCCUCCCCGCCCCCCCCGGUCGCCGCCGCAGCUGCAGCCUCCCCCUCGGCCCCCGCCGGUAAGCUCGACAAAGUCCUGGAGCGGCUGGGGGCUUGCUACCCACAAUGCAACAGGGCCCAGCUGACGGCGCUGCUGCAGCAGGUGAAGAGCUCCCGCGGGACGCUGGCCGGUAUGUCGAUGGAGGACGUGAUCGAGCAGGUCGGGUUCAAGCUGCAGCAGAACGAGCGGUCGGCCCCGGGGCCCAUCAGCCGGCCCACGCCCCUCGGACCCAUCCAGAGGCCGACGCCCCCGCCUCAGAGAGCGGCGGCGGUUGGGCCCGGCGGGGGGCAGAAACCGUGCCUAAUGUGUCAGAACCGCGUGGACCCAGAGAGCCGAUACCCGCUCAGCUGCUCUCACACCGUCCACAGAGAUUGCAUCAGGGUCUGGCUCCAGUCCAGCAAGAACAACUCCUGCCCCUUCUGCCCCGCCAAGUGACCCCAAAUUACCCCAAAUGACCCCAAGUUACCCCAAGCAGGCGGGGAAAAACACAAACAUUGAAAUAUAGUUUUGUUGUCCUUCCUCCCUCAUUUCCUCCCUCCUUUCCUUCCUUCUUCCUUCCUCCUUUCCUUCCUUCUUCCUACCUUCCUUCCUUCCUCCCUCCCUUCCUCCUUUCCUUCCUUCCUCCCUCCUUUCCUUCCUUCUUCCUUACUCCCUUCCUUCCUUCCUCCCUCCUUUUCUUCCUUCUUCCCCCCUUCCUAAGGA